AUGCCGAAACCUCCGAAAGAGAAGCACAUUCCAGUCAUGGGACCAGGAAGUCGAAUAAUUGCCCUGGGUCCGCAGUUGAAGCGGUUCAUAACGGUUAAAACUUAUUACAAGGAGCGAAAACCCGAACCUGGAUGCGAUCUGUGGUUCAGUACUCUCCUCAUGAAGAAACUACCGAAAGAAGUUUACCUCAACGAGGAAAUUGGAUGGAUCACUAAGAAGUUAGAAGCUCCUAAUAACUAUUUACCUGAUUUGCCUGGAAAAAUAGCAGUUCUAGUGCAACUUCAACACUUGGACUUGCGGCAUAACUAUCUGAAAAAAUUGCCGAUGAGUUUGUGUAGGUUGGCUGAUCUCUCUUAUGUCGAUGUUUCUGAAAACAGGUUGAAAAUUUUGCCAAAAUGUCUGCAAAAACCACCACUGGUAGAGAUCAGAGCUAACUCCAACAAAAUUAAAAAAAUACCGAAAUCGCUGGGCAACUCUAAAACAUUGCAGAAAAUAGAUUUUUCUAAUAACCUUAUAAGAAGUAUUCCGAAAUCUAUCUACAAAAGACCAUGCGUGUUGGACGUUUCUAACAACAAGAUCAAAUCAAUGGCUCCCGUCAAAGUAAAACCCCGGCAGAUUCACGUAAUCAACAUGCCCAAAAAUAAUCUUGAAAAAUUUCCAGCCCACGUUGACAAACUCAACUGUUUAAUUACUUGGAACUUGUCGGAAAACAAAUUAACCGAAUUGCCAGGAAAAUUGGGUCAAACAAAAUAUCUAAGAAAUUUGAACGUUUCCAAAAAUGUCAUUACAACAAUCACUGAAGAUUUUUGCAUCUUAGGGUACGCACUUUACGAAUUGGACGCAUCUUUCAAUAAAAUAUCUGAACUACCUGAAGCUUUUUCCAAUCUGAAGAGAUUGAACACUUUGAACUUGUCUAAUAAUUAUUUAACUAAACUUCCAUCUUCCUUCAGUGAGCUAAAAUGGCUGAAGCAUUUACAUUUAAGCAACAACUCACUCAGUGAUUUUGGCAUAUUUUUGAACAUGUUUCGACUAGAAACGUUAGAUCUAAGUAACAACAUGAUAGCGGAACUACCAAAAAGAUUGGAUCAAUUAUCGGCGAUUAUCGAUUUGAACUUGUCUCACAACGAAAUCGUAAAGCUACCCAGUCGAAUCGGUAAGUGCCCCGCUCUGAAGCACCUUCGAAUCUCUCAUAACUUUCUCCGAAGCCUGACGUCAGCCUUGGGUGAGAAACAGUGCUUAGUGACAAUCGACGUCUCCUACAACCAGCUUACUAACUUCUUCAAAGAUGUCACUAAAAUCAGGACUGUCGAGUAUCUCUACAUGUCUGGAAAUCUUCUUACUGAAGUUCCAAAAUCGAUUGAGUCCAUGUACGCAUUAAGGCAGUUUGAAAUAUCCGACAACAAAUUGCUAAGGGUAAACGUUCCAAAAGAUACUGUAGCGGAAAUCAAUCUGUCUAAAAACCCACUGCCACAAAAGAACGUUUUCCUUUAUAUGUUAUGUGACAUUCCUGUAGCCAGGUAUUUGACCAAGUUGGUUCUCAGUCACUUGAGGAUAUUGUCGUUACCAGAAUGCAUGUCACGGAUUAAAGGCCUGACCCACUUGGACCUCUCUCACAACGAACUGACCUACUACCCAGAAAACUUAUGCAAGAUGAGGGCUCUCACCUUCUUGGACCUCUCUCACAACUCAUUGACGGAAAUUAACGGAUUCGGUAACUUUACCUCCUGCCGACGUUUGAACAUCUCUUAUAACGAAAUCGAACAAAUCCCGUACGAUUUAACUAAACUUUUGAAUCUAUUCCACCUGGAUGCGUCCAACAACAAAAUUUCAAGAAUUCCGGAUAGUUUUGAAGAGAUGCGCAACUUGUUGACACUCAACCUCUCCAACAACCACCUAAUGUCGUUCGUUACUGAAGACAUUGAACUGCUCUCUGGAAUAGUUUCAUUGGAUUUGAGCCAAAAUCGUCUUUACGCCCUCCACGACGAAAUGGCCUACCUCUACAACAUGAGAACACUAGACUUAUCUCACAACUACCUCACUCAGUUACCAGCGGAAAUUCAUAAAAUGAAAUGUCUAGAAAUAUUGAAUGCUCAAGAGAAUUGCCUGACAUCUCUGCCAGAAUCCAUCGGUAAAAUGCCGAAUAUUCAAGAAGUCGACGUAUCCGAUAACGCUAUCGUCGAACUGCCGCCUACGUUUCAGAAAUUGAUGCGCAAAGCAAAGGUGAAUUACGGUUCACAGAGAGCCGAUAAGAAGCCGCCACCACAGAAAACUCUGCAAGACCUCUUCGACAACCUGGAAGCCAGGUCCUACAAGAGCCCAUCAUUGAAACCUCACGAAACACUAAGCAGUAUCAACGAUGACCUUUAUUUUUAAGCACUUAUAACUCUUUGUUUGGUUGGUUGGAGGUUUUCAAAUGAAUAAAUCGAGGAAAUGAAUUAUGAAUAAUUAAAUACGAUCAAAUGAGUUUUUAUAAAGUUUA